AUAAUCAACACAAUGUUCUCCAAACUGGUAGCUCUUUGCGCUGUAGUGGCGGUGUCCUCGGCCGGACUCCUGCCCGCUCCUGUACACUACUCUUCCGCGUCUGCCGUCUCUUCUCAGAGCAUUGUACGUCAUGACGAACACGCUGCACCCGCCACCGUGGCUUACCACGCUGCCCCCGCCGCCGUUGCCUACCACGCUGCCCCUGCUGCCGUCACCUACCACGCUGCCCCUGCACCCGUCGCCUACCACGCCGCUCCUGCUUCCAUCGCCUACCACGCCGCUCCCGUCGCUAAAGUGAUUGCCCAGCCUGAGGAAAUCGCCCACCCCAAAUACGAGUACAAUUACUCUGUUGCUGACGGACACACCGGUGACAACAAGCAACAACAAGAAUCCCGUGAUGGAGAUGUCGUGAAGGGCUCAUACUCCUUCCAAGAAGCUGACGGCUCCAUCAGAACUGUUGAGUACUCCGCUGACGACCACAGCGGUUUCAACGCCGUAGUACACAAUAGCGCCCCCACCGCUGCCCCCGCUUACAUCAAGGCUGCUCCCGUAGUCGUCAAGACCCCUGUCUACGCCGCCCCAGCCCUUCAAUACUACCAUCAUUAAGCAUUAUGUACUAUGCAUAUGCGUAGUUGACCUGUAAAUACCUAUUUAUUGUAAAGUAUAUCUAUUUCAAUAUAUAGUUGAAAUUUAAACUUAAAA